AUGUGUGGAAUUUUUGGAUAUGCUAAUUACAACGUGGAUAGAUCAAGGGGUCAGAUCAUCGAUACACUAGUGGAGGGACUCCAGAAACUUGAAUACAGAGGAUAUGAUUCUGCAGGUAUUGGAAUUGAUGGCGAAAAGGACUUUGAUGAGAACUCACCAGUCAAGGAGAUUGCACUUUACAGACAGGUGGGAAAAGUUUCAAAGUUGAAGGCGGAAAUAGCAAGCCAUCACCCAGACACUUCAGAAAUAUUUCACAAGCAUGUUGGUAUUGCUCAUACGAGGUGGGCUACACAUGGUGGCGUGACUCAGGCCAACUGUCACCCACAGCCUUCGGAUGACAGAAAUGAGUUCAUUGUGGUUCACAACGGAAUUAUUACCAACUACAGAGAGCUCAAAACUUUCCUUAGAGGUUUGGGAUACACAUUCAGGUCAGAUACAGACACCGAAGUUAUAGCCAAGCUCUUCAAGUACUACUAUGACAAGGACCCGGAGUUGGAGUUUUACGAGCUCGCCAAACAGGUCUUGUACCAACUUCAGGGAUCUUACGGAUUGCUAGUCAAGUCUGUCCGCUAUCCAAACGAGAUGAUUGCCACCAGGAAAGGUUCUCCGUUGCUAAUUGGUGUUAAGACAGAGCAGAAGUUGAAGGUUGACUUUGUUGAUGUUGAAUUUAUCAACGACAGAACUGGAACCGAGAAGCUUUCUGCCAUAGACGGAUCAUCCAUUGAUGCCAGUGCCAUUCCAAGUAGACCAGGUGGAAGAUUGACCGCUUCACGGCCAUCUAAGAACACCAUGACAAUUCGGAAGUCGGAGUCUCGUGCAAUCUUGCCAGACUUCUCGAAGCCGAUCGAGUUUUACGUUUCCUCAGAUGCCUCUGCCGUGAUUGAGCACACGAAGAAGGUUCUUUUCUUGGAGGAUGAUGACAUUGCACACAUUGACCAGGGUGAGUUGCACAUUCAUAGGGCCAGAAGAAGCGCGGGAACGUCAACAACAAGACCGGUUCACACUUUGGAGAUGAAGUUGGCGGAAAUCAUGAAGGGUGGAUACGACCAUUUCAUGCUAAAGGAGAUUUUCGAGCAGCCAGAUUCGACAUUCAACACGAUGCGUGGCCGUGUGGACUUCAAGAACAAAACAGUUACUUUGGGAGGCGUGAAGGACUAUCUAACCACCAUCAGGCGGUCGAGAAGAUACCUGAUGAUUGCUUGUGGUACGUCUUACCACUCCUGUCUUGCAGUGAGGCCUCUUUUCGAGGAGCUUACAGGUGAGCCGGUCACAGUUGACUUGGCCUCCGACUUCUUGGACAGGGAGCCACCUGUUUUCAGAGAUGAUACGUGCAUUUUCGUCUCUCAGUCUGGAGAGACAGCCGAUUCGAUGCUUGCUCUUAGAUAUUGCAAGUCUGCCGGUGCUCUCACUCUUGGAAUCGUGAACACUGUUGGUUCAAGUAUCUCCAGAGAGACUGACUGUGGUGUGCACAUUAACGCAGGCCCGGAGAUUGGUGUUGCUUCCACCAAGGCAUACACCUCACAGUUCAUUGCAUUGGUGAUGCUUGCUCUUCAGAUAUCGAGCAACGUGUUGGACAACAAGACCAGGCACGAGCAGAUCAUCGAUGGACUAAGAGAGGUUCCACUGCUGAUUAGUAAGACGCUAAAGAAGAGCGGCCAGGUGAAGAAGAUCUGUAACGACUAUCUGCAUGGCAAGGAGUCGAUCCUUGUGAUUGGAAGAGGCUACCAGUACUCGUCAGCACUAGAAGGAGCGUUGAAGAUUAAGGAAAUAUCGUAUAUCCAUGCUGAAGGAGUCCAGGCGGGAGAAUUAAAGCACGGAACACUCGCAUUGAUCGACGACAAGAUGCCGGUUAUAGCCUUUGCCACCAGGGACUCUCUCUCCCCGAAGGUCAACUCUGCAAUCCAGCAGGUCACAGCAAGAGAUGGAAGACCAAUUGUGAUAUGUUCCGAGGGUGAUACCAAGAUUGAUGAAUCGAAAACAUCGGCACUUUUCGAGGUGCCUACGACUGUUGACUGUCUCCAGGGUCUAAUCAACAUUAUUCCGCUCCAGCUUAUGGGAUACUAUCUCUCUGUUGCUGCUGGUAACAAUCCUGACAGGCCUAGAAACUUGGCAAAGUCGGUUACUGUUGAAUAG